CGCGUACAAAACUCUAUUUCGCACUUAAGGCGUAUCGGAAUAUUAUUCUAAUUAUCCAACAAAGUUAAUCAAAAUGAUCAUAUUGUCACAUGACUGGUCAAAAUGGAGGAAGUUGAUAAUAUUAUUUUGCAUUCUUUGCGGUCUAUUAACUGUGAUAUUGAUGAUGAAGUACAAAGCUUAAAAGAGUUUUCAACAGAAGUUAUAGUAGCAUGUGCUGUAAGAUGUAUUAAGACCAUAGUUGGCGAUGUGGAUUUACCAAACACCCUUCCUCAGGCAAUGUCUGCCAAGUUCCGAAUGGGAACCACACUCGCCAAUCACCUACAGGAACUUGGUUACCGUGGUGAUGUUGGCUACCAGACUUUUUUGUACUCCAGUGAGGCAGACAUCAGAAAAAUAUUUAUGUUCCUUGUUGACAAACUUCCAAAAGAAACUGUAGAGACUACUGAGGAAACUCUAGGGUCAUCAGUUUUACUACAGAGAAGUAUAGCCAACACAUUAUCUAGACAACUGUCAUCACCAUGGGUACCAGCAUACCUCAAACAGAAGGGCAUUACCUGGCGAGGGAAACCUCCAACUUGGCAGAGAGAGGGCACAUGCUGUAUGUUUCACUUCCAUUCCAUGCACCUAACAUCACCCGAGGGUUCAGCUGAUCUCACAAAGAAAAUACCAAAAGCAUUGAAGUCCUAUUACCAGUCUAGUCUUCCAUACAUAACCUGCCAAACAUUAGACCACGAUGACAUUAUCCCAUCUCUACUUGAGGCAAACGCAGCAGACGUCACAGCACAACAAGAAUGGGAAGCAGAAUGGAACCAGUCAGGUCUAGCUUCCAGACUGUCUCAACAGGAAUAUAGAGACAGAAAACGUCAAAAAAUCCACAAACGUAUCACAGAUCAGUUACGACAAGAUCGUCAGCGAAGUGAGGCUGCGGCUGGAAGUGGAAUGUCCCAGGACUUGCAGCAGAUUCUUGCCUCGAUUAGUGGUCGUGGAUCUGGUGCUGCCAAAACAAAAGGAUCGCGUUUCACGCAUACUGAAAAACUGCUUUUUGCUAAGGAUGAAGAUAAAGCUAUAUCUGAGGUAUCAGUACAAGGUCCUGCAGGGCAGACGGAAGAGGAAAAGCAGAAAGAAAGAGAAGAGGAAGUUGACACUCUAAAAGAGGAACUCAACACACUAACCUCACGUCUAGAAAACCUUGACCUUGAAGUAAAAAAGUUUACGGCCAGUAUUCAACAAAUGGAAGAGGAAAUAGCCAAUCAGAAUCGAGCAAAUGCCGAGAAAGAAGACGGUUAUAAAGUGAAGAAGAGAACUUUAGAUUUAUUACCCGAUGCCGAGAACAAUAUAGCUAAAUUACAAUCUGUUGUAGAUUCUAGUGCACAAAGGUUAAUCAAUUUAGCAAGUCAAUGGGAGAAACAUAGAGCACCUCUGAUAGACCAGUUCAGAAGUUUAAAAGAACUUAGUUCAAAAACUGAGUCUGAAGCACAGAUCAAAUUGGAAGAAAUUAAAGAGUUCAGAAAAAAGAUGAAGCAAGUACAAGAUGAGGCAAGAACUAAAGAGGAGCUGGCUAAACAACUGAAUUCAGAGUAUGAAAGAAUGACCAAAGAUGUGAACAGAUCAGCCUACACAAAGCGUAUUAUGGAGAUUGUUGGCAAUAUUAAAAAACAGAAGAUGGAAAUUGAUAAGGUGCUUGUAGAUACUAGGACUGUUCAGAAAGAAAUUAACCAAUUAUCCGGCAAGUUGGACAGACAGUUUACUGUCACAGAUGAGCUUAUAUUCAGAGAUGCAAAGAAAGAUGAGUCAGUAAAGAAAGCUUACAGAUAUCUAGCAGCAUUACAUGAGAGUUGUGAGUUACUAAUAAAGACAGUGGAGGAAACUGGAGUCAUUAUGAGAGAGAUAAGGGAACUUGAGGACCAGACAGAGACAGAGAGCAAUAAAAAGGUGCUAGCCAACCUGGAGAAAAUCACUGCUGACUACCAACAGAUGAAGAAAGAAAAUGAUGCCAUAGUAAAGAAAAUAAAGGGGAAAUCUUAGUGUUUAAAUCUCCAAAACUUUGUAGCAUACCUGAAAAUAUUCUCAUAUAAGGCAAAAAAUAAAAUAGUUUUUGUUUCCAAUUACCUGAUUAACCCUUUUUUUUUGUUGCCAGUCCUAGAAGUGUUUGUGUUCAGUUUCACUUGAAUGUCAUUCAGAUAUUUCCAGCUUUUGUCAAGUCACUGAGGCCUUAUAGGCCAUAAAGGGUGAGCGUUUUAUAUAUGGAUAUCAAGCAUAUGUUCAUAACAAAUAACACAGUCAAUGAAAAACAUUUUUAUUUUAUUUUGUUGGGUUUAACUUUGCACUGACACAAUUAUAUCUAGGUCAUAUGGCGACUUUACAGCUUUGAUGGUGGAGAAAGACCCCAGGUGCCCCUCCGUGCAUUAUUUCAUCACGAGCAGGCACCUGGGGUAGAACCACCGACCUUCAGUAAGCCAGCUGGAUGGCUUCCUCUCAUGAAGAAUUCAACGCCCCGAGUGAGGCUCGAACCCACAUUGAUGAGGGGCAAGUGAUUUGAAGUCAGCGACAUCAACCACUCGCCCACAGAGGCCCUUCAAUGAAAUACAAAGUCAUUAUAUAUUGUAUUAGUAUAUAUAAUUCACAGGAUUUUUAUCCUUUGUGAAAACAAGAAUAAUAUAAAAAAGCAUUAAUGAUCUACUGACCUUGUAUUUUGUAGUCACGUAAUUGGAAACAAGCAAUAUAUUUUUGUGCCUAAUUUGUUGUAGCAGUUUUAAUCAGUAUGUGGAAAGUCCCAUUGUGCUUUAAAUUCUAGGCUCCAAAGUAAUAAAACUGUUAUCCGAAUGAAGACUUUAAUAUGUCUUUUGAAGUUAUGAAUCAGAAAUUUCCAAGGAAGGUUAUAAAUUAGACAAAUUCCUGCAAGUAAAUCAAACUAUAUUAAGGAUAGAUAGAAGUAAAAUUUGGUACUCAAGUGCAAAAUGUAGCUAACUACAGUGACAUAAAGAAAAAUGUAACAACUUUUUGCUCUAAGGUAAGAGACCUCUGGUAACGAAUUGAAGAAUAUUCUUUUUGUUUCAUUUAUAUUCCCAAUGUUACAAAGGCAUUACGAAACUUUAAAGUUACAAUAGUGUUAAAAAAUCAGAAACAAAUAUCAUGGAAGGAAUUAAGGCCAUUUCAUGUAGGGUAACUUUAGUAAAGUGGAUGAAAAGAUUGCUGAUGAUAAUUAUUAAGAAAACAGUAGCGUAUGUCAAUGUUUUUUGCCUAGAUGUAUUACAAAUUAAAAGACAAUCCUAUUCCUUCUUAUGUAAAAUCAUUUUUUUUUCCAUUGAAACAUUCCUUAUCAAACCUGAUUAAAUGACUAUACUUGCUACUUAAAGAAACCUCUUUCAUAUUUCAUAAUGAAAACGCUUUCUGACUUUGAACAUUUUAAUAUAACUGUUAAAAGCUGCUUCCAUUUAUUUAGGCUUCCUUGCUUUAUGGUGCAAUGUGUUUGUCUAAAUAUCAACAAAAUUGUUAAAUUUUGCAAAUACUGCAAUUUAUGAACUACUAUUUUUUUGUGCUUUACAAGACAUGAUUACACUUCUUAAAAUUCAGUGUUUCUGUAUAAGGUUGAAAUUUUUGGGUUAAAUGUGCGAUUCAAUAAUAAAAAAAAAAACACCUUUUUUCAAGCGGAGUGGUGAAGUAUUGCUAAGACAAUUAAAAUUAAAUAUGCUGUGGUGGCUAUUUUAUUUUUACUGAUGUCAGUAAAAUUUGUAUUUAGUAACACUUUAUUAUUUCAUUGUUAUGUAACAGGCCAUUAGAAGGUGAUUUGAAAAACUUUUCCAGGUCACUGGAUAUCUUUAAUGAGUAAACUGUAUACAUAUGCAUGGUUAUGUAUUUAUCAUAUUGUAUUUUAUUAGAUAAAAAAUAAAAGCGAUGAAGACAUUUA